AUGAGUGGGGUUGAAGAGGAUCAAGUAUUCACACUGAGAGGAGGGAACGCCGGUCAGGGAGCAGACACAAAGACCGAUCUGAGCCGGGAGGAAACAACAAGGGAAGAAGGAGAAGAGGGGGUGAGGGGCAGGGGGGGUGCGAUGAGGGUGGGAAGAGAGUACACGCUGGAGACGAUUGUGGUGGCCGACGCGAACAUGGUUCAGUAUCACAGUGCUGAGGCCGCCCAACGCUUUCUGCUCACCGUUAUGAACAUGGUGUAUAACAUGUUUCAACACCAGAGUUUGGGAGUGAGGCUUUAUAUCCGGGUCACCAAGUUGGUUCUCCUGCACACCCGUCCAGAAAAGCUGAAGGUGGGCCACCAUGGAGAAAAAGCCCUGGAGAGCUUCUGUCACUGGCAGCAUGAGGAAUACGGUGCACGAUACCUGAGAAACAAUCACGUACCUGGGAGCAGAGACGACCCACCUCCUGUGGAUGUGGCAGUGCUGGUCACCAGAACAGACUUUUGCGUCCACAAAGAUGAGCCUUGUGACACAGUUGGAAUUGCUUACCUGGGCGGCACCUGUAGCUCCAAGAGGAAGUGUGUGCUGGCGGAGGACAACGGACUCAACCUGGCCUUCACCAUCGCUCAUGAACUGGGCCACAACAUGGGCAUGAGCCAUGAUGACGAUCACGCCAGCUGCACGGGCCACUCUCACAUCAUGUCCGGGGAAUGGGUCAAAGGUCGUAACCCCAGUGACCUCUCCUGGUCCAGCUGCAGUCGUGAUGACCUGGAGAAGUUCCUCAGAUUGAAAGCAAGUGCCUGUUUGCUGCAUACUGACCCACGUAACAGCUACCUUACCCGCCUGCCAGCCAAACUUCCCGGGAUGCACUACAGUGCUGAUGAACAGUGCCAGAUCCUAUUCGGCACCAACGCUACUUUCUGCACUGAUAUGGAGCACCUGAUGUGUGCUGGUCUCUGGUGUUUGGUGGAAGGAGACACUUCAUGUAAAACCAAACUAGAUCCACCACUGGACGGCACAGAAUGUGGAUCCGACAAGUGGUGCAGGGCUGGUGAGUGUGUCAGUAAGACGCCCAUCCCACAGCAUGUAGAUGGAGACUGGAGUCCGUGGAGCACGUGGAGCAUGUGCAGCCGAACAUGUGGCACAGGAGCCUGCUUCAGACAGAGGAAAUGUGACAACCCACCGCCUGGUCCAGGAGGGAAGUACUGUCAGAAGGCCAGCGUGGAGCACAAAGUGUGUGAAGGGCCACCGUGUUCCAAGGGUCUGCCUACGUUUAGAGACCAGCAGUGUCGGUCUCAUGACCGGCAGCCCAGUAAGAAGAAAAGCCAGAUGUGGACAGCUGUGAUCGACGAUGAAAAGCCAUGCGCUCUAUAUUGUUCACCCAUUGGCAGUGAUGCACCAGUAUUAGUGGCAGAACGUGUGCUGGACGGAACGCCAUGUGGGCCUUAUGAGAGCGACCUGUGUGUGAGCGGAAAAUGUCAGAAAAUCGGCUGUGACGGCAUCAUCGGUUCAUCUGCAAAAGAAGACCGGUGUGGCAUCUGCAACGGUGACGGCAAAUCCUGCAAGAUCGUCAAAGGAGACUUCAACCACUCCAAAGGGAUGGUCCCUCAUAGCCUUUGUAAGAAGGUUUCUACGUGCGUGAUGUCGAAACCCAGAGCUGUUCUCAAGUGUUUCUCAUGUUACAUCGAGGCAGCUGUCAUUCCGGUGGGAGCUCGGCGAAUAAAAGUUGUGGAAGACAAACCGUCCCAUAGCUUUCUGGCUCUGAAGGACUCCAGCAAGCGAUCCAUAAACAAUGACUGGAAAAUCGAGCUGCCAGGGGAGUUUGAGCUUGCUGGCACCACGGUCCGCUACGUGAGGAGAGGACUGUGGGAAAAGAUGUCUGCCAAGGGACCCACAAAGACUCCGCUCCACCUCAUGGUUCUGCUGUUCCACGAUCAGACGUAUGGGAUCCAUUAUGAAUACACGGUUGCCCUGAACCAGUCGCAGGAGAACAUCAGUGAUCCGGUGAAGGAACCAGAACACAUGUAUCUGUGGACUCACAGCAGCUGGGAGGACUGCAGCGUGCACUGCGGAGGAGGAGAGAGAAGGACUGUGGUGUCGUGCAUGAGAAUCGUUAACAAGACCAUGACUCAAGUCAACGCCAGCUACUGUCAGCCGGAGAACAGACCCGCGCCUCAAAUCCGCCACUGCAACACCCACCCCUGCCAAUACAGGUGGGUCGCUGGCGAUUGGGCGGAGUGUUCAGUAACCUGCGGUAGAGGCUUGCAGCAGAGGGAAGUUGGCUGUGUGUACCAGCUGCAGAAUGGCACGUACAUUCCCACCAGAGACCUGUACUGUCUGAGCUCCAAACCAGCCAGCGUACAGCACUGCGAGGGACGCCACUGCCUCACCAUCUGGGAGGCCUCCGAAUGGUCCAAGUGUUCCUCUGAAUGUGGCCGUGGCAGCAGGAAGAGGACCGUGACCUGCACCAAUCCUCAGGGUCUCUGUGAUCCCGUGUCUCGUCCUGCAGAGGUGGAGACGUGUGAGGAUCACUCCAAAUGUUACGAGUGGAAGACCGGCGAAUGGUCCAAGUGCUCAUCAUCCUGUGGGCGGGGCUUGCAGUCCAGAGUGGUCCAGUGCAUGCACAAAGUGACCGGUCGCCAUGGCAGCGACUGCCCAGCAGUCCUGAAGCCCACCGCGUACCGGCAGUGUCAUCUUGGGACGUGUAAUGUGAAAGUCAAUGUGAACACCAUCACCUCCCCUAGACUGGCUGCAUUGACGUACAAGUGCACAGGGGAUCAGUGGGCGGUUUACUGCAGGGUGAUCCGAGAGAAGAACCUGUGCCAGGACAUGCGCUGGUACCAACGCUGCUGCCAGACCUGCAGAGACUUUUACACCAACAAAAUGCCCCCCAAGAGUUAAUGACCCCGCCACUCCCACUCAUAGAGGUUUCUUUUUGCCUUCUCCAUUUGUACUGUCAAAAACAGUGUUUUAUAUUCUUAUUAAAAAUGUUCUUAUGUGAGAUAAUGAAAGCAGUGGAACAGAUCACAAGUACGUAAACGUGAGCGUUUCUAACUAUGCAUUAACUUUAUCACCCCCUGCACUGAGUACUGUAUGUACUGACAGUGUGUUCGCCAAGCGUUUGUGUACCCGCAUUACAUUUGUUUCUUGUUUUCGGACUUGAAGGUUUCUUGUUUUGUCAUGUUUUGCUGUAAUCCACACUUGGCCCUGGAAGUGACUUCUUCAGCAUACUGGCCUGCCUGUUGCACUGUGGGUAAAGCGCAUUUAUUUUUAAGGCCACUGGUUGGCCAAUAACCAAUGGACUUUGUAACAACAGCUUUCUUUUCCAGACCUGUCUCAACAAUCUGUUGUCUUGUUUUUUUUUCUUCUUAAUUUUAUUAUUACCUGUGUUAUAUUGGCUCUGUAAUCAAAACCUAGUGAACUUCCUUGCUUCUUCACUCACAAUUGAUUUCAAUUUAGUAACACGCAAAUAUUGUAUAAAAUAAUAAUUUCUUAAUAGAUUGAUCAAUUCAUGCAUUCCCUGGGAAUCAAACCAAUGAUCUGACUUUUGCUAGCAGCAUGCAUGAUUGUGUAUGACCUACCAUAAUGCAUAGCAUAAUCUAGCAUGAUCUAUUUUUGCAUGCAAGCAAUAACAGCAUAAUCUGUUUUUAAAAUAAUGCAUGCAUGCAGUAAUGCAUUAUGCAGUGCAUUUUUCUCUGCAUCUUCAGCAAAAGAAGGCAAUGCAAUCAUGCCGCCUACCUUUCUUAACAGCCUUCACACUGAGACCCUAUGUAGGCAGCUCACUAGGUUUUGGAAAAGAGCUGAAGUAGCUCGUGUUAUUUAAUUCAUCAAGAGCCCUCUCGAUGCAGUCGAACAGCCAAGCUGAGAAUAAGUGACCCAUUCGAAUAGUUUUUCUCUUUAAGAUUUAAAUAUUUAAUAUCCAAAUGAGGCUAAUUAGUGACUCUUUCAGAGAAGACACAUAAUUUCUUGGUUUCUCAUGGUGAUCAUAUACUACACUCUCUAUGUGUUUUAGAUACUUGUUGUGAUGUUUCAUAUAUUUUAAGAGAGCAGAGUACAUGAUCUCCACUGCACUGUAAAAAGGCGGGUCUCCAUUUGGCUGUGGAUCAUUAGUUCUCUAUUAAAUGAGACAUUU